GUCUCUUCUAGCAGGCGCCGCAAGGGUCCAAGUCUCCGUGAAGAUGCUGCGACAACUAGCUGUCAUCUCUGUCGCUUCCCUCGCCCUCACCCUGGUGUGCUCCCUGCCCGCCCUACACCGGACGAAACGAUGGGAAGAGUUCCCCAACGUGACCUUCACUUUCGACUGCACGGAUCGACCUGUUGGCUUCUAUGCCGACCAGGAAUUCAACUGCCAGCUCUUCCAUAUGUGUGACGAGGAUGGUCGACGCAUCCCUUACAUGUGCGCCAACGAUACGGCCUUCAACCAGGAGUACCGCAUCUGCGACUGGCAAUACAACUUCGACUGCUCCCUGGCUCACAACUGGUACUACCUUAAUGAACUCACCUACGUCACUGACCCUCCGAAGUUUUAGACUUACUGACCCUUGUGUGACCCUCGAAAUGAUCUCGCCUGUGAUGACCCGAUGACCUGAUCUGUAUAACCUGUGACCCAGGAUGAAGGACCCGUGUGGACUCUCACAGAUCUCCCAGCAUCAGGAGGUCUCCACGAGUCUACAGACCUCUGUUUUAAGAGUCCUUGAUGAGGAAACUCGGCUCCCCUUAUCCCUUACCCUCCACCAUCCCCCAAGCUUGGGUUGCCUUCACACAGCACCUAGGUGUCGUACUCAAGGUUAUGACACCUCACGCAUGUCCUCCUGGGUUCUCGAGUGCCUGCACGAUACCUGUACAUACAGUGGCUCUCCCGCGGCAACUGUGCCUGGAGCCGCCCACCCGUGGAUCCCUGAAGCACUGUGGACAGCCGACAAUGCAAUAGCCCUUCACUGAAGCUAUAUAUCAAGACUGAUGGAAAGGCGACAUCAAAGCAACAGUGGUGCAUUGACUUUCCUGUAGAUCUAACUAGAGCAAAGUAGUGAGUGGCGCCUCGCUGGCUGUGAGCGCCACAUGAAGGCAUCUACAGGAGCCAGAGUCCUCCACAGGGCAGCAGGAAUCCUGGCGCUGUUAGAGCUGGUCUCUGCUCACCGCCACAAGCACAUAUGUACAGAGUCACCUAAUACGUAGUCCUUAGGAACAACAUCAGUGUCCAUUGUAUCUUAUAAUAUAUAAUAUAUAUAUAUUAUACUAAAUACCUGUUAACGUUCAUGUGUCGAUCAAAGGUAAAUGUUAAACACACAGCCUGCUGACAGCAUCACCCAUCACUGCUGUCAGGGCAAUGGUGCCAUUGUCUCUGGUCAGGAAGCCAAAACUUGUGAUCCACUCACUGUAUAUGGUCAACAAACUCCUAACGAUCCUACUUUAUUAGAUAUCAUAUUCGAUCACAAAGAUAAUUCUACAAUUUCUAUUAUACUGUAUUAUAUUUCCAAACUUGCCCUUUCCACAUAUAUGCCAUAUUUAAGUUUAAUUUGAUUCGGUGAUACCCUUGGUUAUGUCUGUGAUGAUUGUUGUGGUUGGAUGAAUACAGAUUUAUACGUCUUCUGAAA